CCUCUUUCUUUCUGUUUUUUUCACUAAUAUUUUUCAGCUAGACUGCUACGGAGGGCUCUGGUCCCUCCCAAUACACACCCAUUUUCUUUAUUUGGGUUCCAAGCGGCUUUCAAACGCAAGUCAACUAGCAGACUUUUGAGCCACAGCUGAGUGCGUUUCCUGGGAAUGAAGAGAGAACAACUGGGAAGUGUUUCUUUUUAUGUUUGAUGGGUGCUGAAUGUAACGGGAGUGACUGGGCAUUCGCUGCAAGCAAAACUACAAUUUUAGCUAACCAGCUAAAGAGUGUGCAGAGCUCUUCAAACCUUUCCAUGCUUUUUCUGGGGCCGUGGCGGACGUCUGACGCCAUGAAAGAAUAGGCCUGAUGCUGUGCGAAGGAAAUGGCUUUUAACUCACCCACCUUCCUCAUCCUGGAAUCGGACUUGGCUCCCCUCGACAGGAUCUGAGCGGUUUAUGGGAGAUACCCGGUUUGGCCACUGAGGAUUUUUUCGUUCUUCUCUCCGGUUGGGACACCCUUUCCCCCCUGUAACCCGCGCGGCGUACGGCAGAGGAGCCAUGGCCAAGAACUCGUACAGCGGGGUGAAGAACUCCACGGCUGAGGCCAACCACGAUGGAGACUUCGGCUGCUCCCUCAAAGACCUGCGCUCCCUCAUGGAACUGCGGGCGACCGAGGGAUUGCAUAAAAUACAGGAAACGGGAGGCGUUCAAGCGCUCUGUUCCAGAUUGAAAACAUCGCCUAUAGAAGGUUUGAGUGGCCAGCCUGCAGACAUCAGUAAAAGGAAAGAAGCAUUUGGACAGAAUCUUAUACCUCCGAAAAAGCCAAAAACCUUUCUCCAAUUAGUGUGGGAAGCAUUGCAGGAUGUAACACUAAUUAUUCUAGAAGUGGCAGCCAUAGUUUCAUUAGGCCUUUCUUUUUAUAGACCUCCGGAGGCAGAGAGAGACCACUGCGGGAAGGCAGCUGGAGGCGUAGAGGACGAGGGGGAGUCGGAGGCGGGCUGGAUCGAGGGCGUGGCCAUCCUCCUGUCCGUCAUCUGCGUGGUGAUAGUGACGGCCUUCAACGACUGGAGCAAGGAGAAGCAGUUCCGCGGGCUGCAGAGCCGGAUCGAACAGGAGCAGAAGUUUACCGUGGUCAGGGGGGGUCAGGUCAUCCAGAUCCCUGUGGCCGAGAUCGUCGUCGGGGACAUCGCCCAAAUCAAAUACGGUGACCUCCUGCCGGCUGAUGGUGUGCUGAUUCAAGGCAACGAUCUCAAAAUCGAUGAGAGCUCUCUCACAGGGGAGUCCGACCAUGUCAAGAAGUUGCUGAAUAAAGAUCCCAUGCUGUUAUCCGGCACCCACGUCAUGGAAGGUUCUGGAAAGAUGGUGGUCACUGCUGUGGGGGUGAACUCUCAAACUGGAAUAAUCUUCACUUUACUGGGGGCUGGAGAAGACGAUGACGACGAUGAGGAAAAGGAGGAGAAGAAGAAGGAAAAAGAGAAAAAGAAAGAGAAGAAAAAUAAAAAACAGGAUGGCUCUGCUGAAAACCGCAAAAAAGGUAAAGCUCAGGAUGGAGCAGCUGUGGAGAUGCAGCCUCUCAACAGCGAGGACGGGGGCGAGCGCGAGAAGAGGAAAGCCAACCUGCCAAAGAAGGAGAAGUCUGUUCUGCAGGGGAAACUCACCAAACUGGCGGUGCAGAUAGGCAAAGCAGGUCUGGUAAUGUCGGCCAUCACGGUCAUCAUCCUGGUGGUCCUCUUUGUGGUCGACACCUUCUGGAUCCAAGGCCUUCCGUGGGUGAAAGACUGCACCCCCAUCUACAUCCAGUUCUUUGUCAAGUUCUUCAUCAUCGGCGUCACAGUGCUGGUCGUGGCGGUGCCUGAGGGUCUUCCGCUCGCCGUCACCAUCUCCUUGGCGUACUCCGUCAAAAAAAUGAUGAAGGAUAACAAUUUGGUGAGACAUCUGGACGCCUGCGAAACCAUGGGCAACGCCACCGCCAUCUGCUCGGAUAAAACCGGAACCCUGACCAUGAACAGGAUGACCGUGGUCCAAGCGUUCCUCGCCGAAAAGCACUACAGGAAGGUGCCGGAACCAGAGCUACUCCCAGGCAGCACCAUGGACCUUCUGAUCGUGGGGAUCGGGGUCAACUGCGCGUACACCACGAAGAUCAUGUCACCGGAGAAGGAGGGCGGGCUGCCUCGGCAGGUGGGGAACAAAACUGAAUGUGCCUUGCUGGGGUUCGCCUUGGAUCUGAAGAGAGACUACCAGGCGAUCCGCAAUGAAAUCCCUGAGGAGAAGCUCUACAAGGUCUACACCUUCAACUCCGUCAGGAAGUCCAUGAGCACGGUGCUGAAGAACGCUGACGGAAGCUACCGGAUGUUCAGCAAAGGGGCCUCUGAGAUCCUGCUGAAGAAGUGUUGUAAGAUCCUGAUGGCAAACGGUGAGUCCAAGGUGUUCCGACCGCGCGAUCGGGACGACAUGGUGAAGAAGGUGAUCGAGCCCAUGGCCUCCGAGGGCCUGAGGACCAUCUGCCUGGCCUACCGGGACUUCCCCGUCUCCGAGGGGGAGCCUGACUGGGACAACGAGAACGACAUCGUCACCAGCCUCACCUGCUUGUGCGUGGUGGGCAUCGAGGACCCCGUGCGACCCGAGGUCCCAGAUGCCAUCAGGAAAUGCCAGCGCGCCGGAAUCACGGUGCGCAUGGUCACCGGGGACAACAUCAACACGGCCCGCGCCAUCGCCACCAAGUGCGGCAUCCUGCAGCCCGGGGACGACUUCCUGUGCAUGGAGGGCAAGGAGUUCAACCGCAGGAUCCGCAACGAGAAGGGAGAGAUCGAGCAGGAGCGCAUUGAUAAAAUAUGGCCCAAGCUCCGGGUGCUGGCCAGAUCCUCUCCCACUGACAAGCACACACUAGUGAAAGGUAUUAUCGAUAGCACAGUCAUAGAGCAGAGGCAAGUCGUGGCCGUUACGGGAGACGGCACUAACGACGGCCCUGCUUUGAAGAAAGCCGACGUGGGAUUUGCCAUGGGCAUCGCCGGCACAGAUGUGGCGAAGGAGGCCUCGGACAUCAUCCUGACGGACGACAACUUCAGCAGCAUCGUGAAGGCGGUGAUGUGGGGGAGGAACGUGUACGACAGCAUCUCCAAGUUCCUGCAGUUCCAGCUCACCGUCAACGUGGUGGCUGUGAUCGUGGCCUUUACCGGAGCCUGCAUCACACAGGACUCUCCACUCAAAGCGGUGCAGAUGCUGUGGGUGAACCUCAUCAUGGACACCUUCGCCUCUCUGGCCCUGGCCACCGAGCCCCCGACCGAGUCUCUGCUGCUGAGGAAGCCCUACGGCCGCAACAAGCCCCUCAUCUCCCGCACCAUGAUGAAGAACAUUCUGGGCCACGGAGUCUACCAGCUCACUGUUAUCUUCACCCUGCUGUUCGCAGGGGAGAAGAUCUUCGACAUCGACAGCGGGAGGGACACCCCUCUGCACGCCCCCCCUUCCGAACACUACACCAUCGUCUUCAACACCUUCGUCAUGAUGCAGCUCUUCAACGAGAUCAACGCCCGCAAGAUCCACGGCGAGAGGAACGUCUUCGAGGGCAUCUUCAACAACCUCAUCUUCUGCUCCAUCGUGUUCGGGACCUUCAUCAUCCAGAUCGUGAUCGUUCAGUUCGGAGGGAAGCCGUUCAGCUGCGUGGGCCUCACUGUGGACCAGUGGCUGUGGUGCGUCUUCCUGGGCUUCGGCUGUCUCCUGUGGGGGCAGGUGAUUUCGUCCAUCCCCACCAGCCGGCUGAAGUUCCUGAAGACGGCGGGCCACGGCACGCAGAAGGAGGAGAUCCCCGACGAGGAGCUGGAGGACAUGGACGACCUGGAAGAGAUCGACCACGCCGAGCGUGAGCUGCGUCGCGGUCAGAUCCUCUGGUUCAGGGGGCUCAACCGGAUCCAGACCCAGAUGGAUGUAGUCAGUGCUUUCCAGAGCGGGACUUCCUUUCAGGGGGCCCUAAGGCGGCAGCCCUCCACCGCCAGCCAACAGCUCGAUAUCCGAGUGGUGAAUGCAUUCCGCAGUACCCUGUCCCCGUAUGAGGGCCUGGAGAAGCCCGAGUCCCGGAGCUCCAUCCACAACUUCAUGACGCACCCGGAGUUCCGGAUAGAGGACUCGGAGCCGCACAUCCCCCUCAUCGACGACACGGACGCCGAGGACGACGCCCCCACCAAGCGCAACUCCUCCUCGUCCCCGCGCGUGGCCACGCCCCCCACCCCGCCCUCGCCCAAUAAGAACAAUAACGCCGUGGACAGCAGUGGCGUGCACCUCUACCCGGAGACGGGCCAGUCCGGCAGCACCCCGCCCUCCCCGGCCCUCGCCCCGGCCAGCCCCCUGCACAGCCUGGAGACCUCACUUUGAUCCGGCCGCGCCCUCACCCCGUGGAGCAGGGCCGGAGCCGGAGGGGAGGAGGCGGGCGGGCCGGAGAACCCUCCGGAAGCCCAGAAGUACUGGACUUGAAACGAGAAGCGGGCAUUCGUCAGAAUGUAGGGGUUUGAUUUUGCUGUAACAUUUUUAUUUUUUAUUUUGUUUUAUUUUUUUUUUUGUAAUUACCCUCCUUAAAUAAAGAGGGCACUUUGUUUCAUCCCUCUCUCCCUGAUAAAUAUUUUCUGGCAGAAAGAGGAGGGAUGUGUAUAAACUUGGAUUAAAAGUGACCGGUUUUUGUGUUGUGUUUUAAUGAAGAUGGGGGGGGGAGGGGCGUUUGUUCUCAUGAAGACAGCGUCCGUCUCUCUGUCUGGAUGGGUCGGGGUGUAGGUCUGUCUGUCCAGACCCUUGCUCAUUGGAACACUUUAAUUUCUUCUAUAUUGCCUGUUAAUAUUUUUUGAAUUAUUUAUGGUCUCACAAAAGCAGGUCUGUUUACAUGGUUUGUAGAUACUUUUUUUUCAUGCGUUUGUAGGUGAAAAGGCUGAGGUUUGAGGCAGAGGGAAUUAUGGGGGGAGGGGGGGAUUGUAUAAAAACGAACGAUUAAUUGUCUCAGAUACUGCUGUAUUUUCAGGAAAAAAAGGGUGUUUCUAUUGAAACUGAACUAUUUUGCCUGCAAGUUAUAUUUGUUAAAUAUUUGUAGAUAAAUAGAUCCUUAUAGCCAAAUAGAUGACACUACGGCUUGUUUGAGCAGAGGUGUUGUAGUCUGUUUGGGUGGGGUGGGGAGGGAGAGAACGGGGAUACUGGCCUCUGUCCGUUUCACAUUUCUAUAAGUAUGUCCUACUGCAUUGCUUUAACACAUUUUUCAACGUUUGGCCUGGAGCGGCGUUCGUGGGAGAACCUCCUUCUCAUAUUUUCGGUUGGUUGAUUGAGGAGCUGGGCAGUAAUUGUUUAAACCGUGAUGCUGAGCUGCAGUGAAGUCCACCGCUGGAGCCUCCGUCUUGAAGGGCCCAUCACUGGAGAAGCAGAGCUGUCAGCUGGCCAUCUCCCUGAGAGAUCAUGAGACAAUCCCUUAUUUUUCUACUGCGAAGAUGGAGAAACGCCUGCAGGCUUCCCAGUGAAAUGGACCAGCUUUCACUCAGCAGUGGCGGCCUCUGCCCAUGGACAGUAAAAUCUAACGUUUGUUUACUCAGGCUUAGAUUACGGAUUAAGAUGAAAAUGGUUUAAUUGAAACCCGAAAGAAAAAAAAGCAUUUUAACCUCAGAUUUGUCUCUAGGUAGUCAUGUCGUCUUGGUCAAAAAAAGCGAGUGGAUUAUUUCCUUUUUUUUAAUUUUUUUAUUUUUUAGUAACUGAAUACUUCCUUCAGAGUUGUGGGUUGUUGACAUUUUCAGAAAUCAAAAACAAAAGAUGUUUGUAUUUUUUUUUUUUUUUUUUUUCUUCUUCCUCUUGGUCCAUAAGACAUUGUUAUAAAAUACUGCUGCAUAAAAUUUGUAAAAUUGUGACACCUGAUAUACUGGAAACACUAAUUGAUGUUAAUUUUUGCAGAAGAAUAGGUAUACACUGGUAUCACUGCACAGGGUACUUUAUUUCAUAAUGCCUCCUGUUGGGAAACUUUGAUACACACGACCAUGUAAAAUGUACCUUUGUAUUUUUUAUGGAAACGCAGAUAUUAACUUGCAGCCUACAGAACCAGAGCCUGGGUAAAUCGACACAAAUGCAUCUUUUGGUGAGGUUAGGGACGGGAAGGGUUCUGCUAGUUCUGCUUAAAAAUAUAUUUCUCAGGGUGGCAAAUGGUAUGAGUUGGGCUUUUAUACAAGCCUGAACUGAAAAUAUAAUUUUUUGUUUUUCUUGUGUGAAUUGGGUUGUUCACCAUGUCGGUCGCAUUUGUUUAUAACAACAGGUCAGUUGCUGAUGGUGCUCCCCUUUGAACCUGGUGUUAAACAGGGUUCACGUAGGGGAACGAGUAGCAUUGGGGCCUGGGUUUCAGUAGGCUUAACCACAAAUUUAUACUUGGAUUCAACUGUGUUUUCCUUGUAUUACAGAUAAAAAGCAGCUUGAGUUUGCAUAAGAAUGAAACUGAGGGAAAAAAAGAAUCCAUAAAAGCUCUAUUAUUUAGCAUCUUCCUCUAAAGGGAAAGAAUGUUUAUCCAUCUGUUUUAUGGAUUAUUAUUUUUUUAUCUAAGAUUUGGAAAUAAAGUACUUCAUGUCUGUUUAUCUUGAGCAAUGUAAAUGGUUAUCGUGAUUCGAUUUACAUUUGAAACUUGUCGAGUAAUGUGUAUGGUUUUUAAAAAUAAAAAAAAUAAUAUUUAGCCUA